UCUCUCUCUCUUAAAACCGCCUUCCUCUUUCCUCUUCUUCUCCCUUCCUUUCCUUGACCACGUCGUCGUCCUCCUCUCCUCCGCGUCGCAAAAUCCGAACCCUAGGCCGCGCAGCGAACCGCCGGAAUCCAUCGCCCGCGGAGGUCGCCGUACAUGCUUAUUUAUCGCGCCGCCGCCCCGCCGAGCGUAUUCUCCUUCGAUCGGGCCCUAUGAGCCCCGCGCGAUCGAAGCCGAUCGCGAUCCGGGCCGUCUUCUACGCCAACCUCGAGUCCGAGUUCGCGCUGAUCCGGUCCGUCGUCGACCGGUUCCCGAUCAUCUCCAUGGACACCGAGUUCCCCGGCACCGUGAUCCGCCCCGGCCCCGCCGGCGGGGGCGGCGGCGGCCGAGCGCUGCCGCCGCCGGAGAGCAACUACGGCCUCCUCAAGGCGAACGUCGACCGGAUGCACAUGAUCCAGAUCGGGCUCACGCUGUCGGACGGCGAGGGCAACCUCCCCGACUUCGGCACCAAGUGCGCGUACAUCUGGGAGUUCAAUUUUAGGGAUUUCGACGCGGCGCGCGACGUGCAGAACCCGGACUCGGUGGCGUUGCUCCGGAAGCAGGGGAUCGAUUUCGAGAUGAACAGGCAGAAGGGCGCCGACUCGGCCCGGUUCGGCGAGCUGCUGAUGUCGUCGGGGCUCGUCUGCAACGAUGAGGUGAGUUGGGUCACCUUCCACUGCGCGUACGAUUUCGGUUAUCUGGUCAAGACGUUGACGCAGCGAGACUUGCCGGACAGAUUGGAGGAUUUCUUGAAGCUGGUUAGGAUGUAUUUCGGGCCUAAGGUGUUUGAUGUUAAGCAUCUGAUUAGGUUUUGCGAGAAUUUGUAUGGAGGGUUGGAUAGGGUGUGUAAAGCGCUUGGGGUGGAGAGGAUUGUAGGGCAGUCGCACCAGGCCGGGUCAGAUAGCUUGUUGACUCUGCACGCUUUUCAUAAGAUUAGAAAAGUUCACUUUAGUGAUGUCGCUCGGCUUGAGAAGUAUGCAAAUGUUUUGCAUGGUCUGGAUGUAUCUUCUAAAUCUUGAGUAGUACAUGUUUUGAUGUUUCUUUACGUUUCUAUGUCUACACAUCUGGGUUCUAUAAAAUGGUAGAUCAUUUCGUUUAGUUGAAA